AUGGCCAUCGGCACUACCAUCGACGCCAGUCGUCCUUCUCUUACCUCCAACGACUCUGCCGUCCUCCAAGCCCUCUUCGACGCAGAGUCCUCUCCAUCCUCCGCCGUCGCCAUCGACGCAGCCCUCUCCCCAUUCCCUGAAUACCUCCACAUCUCAGCAGAGACUCACGAAUCACUCAGAGAGUGCGAGCUGAGCAUCAUCCGCGCCCUCCAAGCCGAGGACGUCUCCCCAAGUACCAUCGAAUCCGCAAUCAAGGGCCUCGACGCCCUCAUCGUCGAGCAUCCGACGUAUCCCCCCGCCUACGUAAAUCGAGCCCAGACAAUCCGCCUGCUCAUCGAAAAGACAGCACAGAGCACCGCGUCCACAGACGCAGAUGACGCCAUCUUCGCUCCCAACCACGUCGAAUCCGCCUCGCGCCUCCUCUUCGACCUGGGGAAGGCGAUCACGCUCUGCACGCCCAGGUCGCCUGCGGAUCCCGUCUCGACGGUCCAGGCGAGGAUCCUAGCGGACUCGCACACGCACCGUGGAUAUCUGAUGCUCAAGGCGGCGAGGAUAAAGAAGAAUCUGAAAGAGGGGGAGGCGAUGGGUGGGCCGGAUAAGUUGCAGGAGUUGGGGCCUGAUCAGCUCGAGGAGAUGGCCAGUAGGGACUUUUUCUUCGGAGGAAGGUAUGGUAAUAAGGUCGCACAGCAGCUGGCUGUGCAGACGAAUCCCUACGCGAAGAUGUGUGGUGCGAUUGUGAAGGAGGCGUUGAGGAAGGAGGUUGAGGGGUCCGUUUGA